UGGCAACUCCAAAAUUGGCAAUUGUACUGCUCGCGAAUAAGAAUAAGAAAAACAAAUUUCGUGUAGUUACUUUAUCUUAUUUUGUCAACAAAUAAACGAUGAACUAUGACGGCCUCCUCUCCAAGUUGACCGAUGAAAAACUGAUGCUCUUCGACGCCGCCGGCGAGGGCAGCAUUGUAGAGGGCAGCCGGAUGUGCGGUCAAGAUGCGGACCCACUAUCCCUGCCACUCGUUGAGGACGGCGCCAUCGAGGAGGAGCAGGCGGCCCCCAUUCAGACGAUUCCUCGCACCGUGUUCGCUGUUCCGCGCGCCCCCUCCCCUUCGCCCGUGAGCACAUCAGGUGCGAAUCUGAACAUUAAGUCAGAAAAUGCUGCGACAGCGACACCGCAGCGCAAAAUUUCAACGUCAUCACGUUUCAUGAACGCCUUCAGUCAGCUCUACAGCGGCAGCGGCAGUAGCGGUCCGAGCUGCGGUCACGUGGAGCAGCACAGCGAGGAGUCCGCUGACCUGGCGGCCAAUCGGACGCCCACCAAGGGCAUGGAGUCCAAGCUGGUGGCAAUGUGGCACAAUGUAAAGUAUGGAUGGAGCGGCAAGAUGCGCCAGACCAGCUUCUCCAAGGAGCAGCCCGUGUGGCUCCUGGGCAGGUGCUAUCAUCGCCGCUUUACGCCGCCCGUUAGCAUGGAAAGUUCCAUUACCGAAUUGCCGAGCGGGGCAGAUACGACGCCUGACAACGCCACAUCGGCAUUCGACAGCAUACAAGCCACCUCUACAUCUGCCUCUUUGUAUCCAGCCCUUAAUCUACAGCAACAGAUCGACGAGAUUGUUGUGCCCCAGGAGCUUGGAAUGGACGCUGUAGAGAACCAAGUGGGCGAACAACCAUGGGAGGAGGGCAUUGAGGGCUUUCGCCGGGACUUUUACAGUAGGAUCUGGAUGACCUACCGGCGAGAGUUUCCCAUAAUGAAUGGCUCGAAUUAUACUUCGGACUGCGGCUGGGGGUGUAUGUUAAGGAGUGGUCAGAUGCUCCUGGCCCAAGGCCUGAUUUGUCAUUUUUUGGGACGCAGUUGGCGUUACGAUUCAGAGUCCCAACUGCACUCCACCUACGAGGACAACAUGCAUAAGAAGAUCGUUAAGUGGUUCGGGGAUAGUUCUUCAAAAAGUAGUCCCUUCUCCAUUCAUGCACUCGUGCGACUCGGGGAACAUCUGGGCAAAAAGCCAGGCGAUUGGUACGGCCCCGCCUCGGUCUCCUAUUUGCUUAAACAUGCCUUAGAGCACGCCGCUCAGGAAAAUGCAGACUUCGACAAUAUAAGCGUUUAUGUAGCCAAAGAUUGCACGGUUUAUAUGCAAGACAUUGAAGAUCAGUGCAGCAUUCCGGAACCGGCGCCAAAACCCAACGUGCCUUGGCAGCAAGCAAAGCGUCCGCAGGCGGAAACGCCCAAGCCGGAGCAGCAGCAACACUGGAAAUCCCUCAUCGUACUAAUCCCUUUGCGCCUGGGCAGUGAAAAACUAAAUCCAGUGUACGCCCAUUGUCUAAAGCUGCUGCUGAGUACGGAACACUGCCUGGGCAUUAUUGGCGGCAAGCCAAAGCACUCGCUUUACUUUGUGGGCUUCCAGGAGGACAGGCUCAUCCAUUUGGAUCCGCACUAUUGCCAGGAAAUGGUGGACGUAAACCAGGAGAACUUUUCCCUGCACUCGUUCCACUGCAAGUCCCCGCGGAAGUUAAAGGCCAGCAAAAUGGAUCCCAGCUGUUGCAUCGGCUUUUACUGUGCCACUAAAAGUGAUUUCGACAACUUUAUGGAGAGCGUGCAGCUGUAUUUGCAUCCUAUGCGCUGUGCCUCCGGGGCAACUGUGGAUAAGGCGGCUGGGAACCAUCAAGUGACGCCUCAAUCCAGCCAUCAACAGACGGAGCAAACCGAGAUGAACUAUCCGCUGUUCACAUUCUCUCGCGGUCGUUGCCUGGAUAAUGAGCGAGACGAGAUGAGCGAUUCGCUGUACAAACCGCUCAUAAAGCAGGUGGCCGCUCUGGCCCAGGAACUGGGGAACCAAUUGUCGCCGCCGCAACAUGGCGACGACAACGAUCAAGAUGAUAGUGAGAGCGAGGAGUUCGUGCUGCUGUAGAUCAUUACCGCCCCAUAACCUUGUUGCUGUGCUAGCUGUGUUAUUUGCUCAUUAUUAUUUGGUUUAGUUCCCAACCGCCUUGCUCGCUUGCUCGCCCAGAAAAACCCAACAGACCCGUAUCUCAAACACAAAGACUUUGUUAUACCUUUACGCCUACGCAUAUAGUACAUAGACGCAUGCAUGUAUCUUGAAUGUUUACUGAUGUCCACGUUAAUCUCUCUUUUGUUCGACUUGUAGUGUCGCAUUCUGCCAAAGUGUUUUUGCUUUCUCCAUGUUCCAGCAGCCCGAUCUGUUUAUAUGUGUAUUGUAUAAACCAAUGUAAUUUGCGGUAUUAUUAUUUUAAAAACAUGAAUCUUUAAUGGAAUUGAAUCAUUUUACAAUGGUGCCACUAUUGUCACUAUUUUCUAAAGUAUUUCAUGUAGUCCUUACGUUCUAGAAUUUAGUUAAUUUAUGUAAGUCGUGUUGUAAUCCUUCGAUCAUUAAUUAGUUUUAACAUUAAUUGUAUAUACCCUCGAGUAAAUAAAUAAAUAAUCUAUCCUAAACUUAUACUUAAAAUAAA